CUGCAAUCUUCCUUUCCAGGAAGGGUACAAAAAGAUCGAGGUUUCUUUGGUUGUCUUGUGCAGUAGAAGCAGCAGCAGCAUCAGUGGAGUUGGCAGCUCGCGACGGAAAACUAGCUUGUUGUUGCGUUUGUUGUUCUCGCUGUGGUGUGUAGUUAUCGUCGCAGGAAGAGGAAGCCGCAAUCGCUUCCAGGAGGUUCGCCCUUUCUCUCUCCGAAUCGUCUUUCAGUUGCUGGGCUACUGCAGCAGCGUUUCUCUUAAUGGGAGUUUUUCUUGAUGUUGACGCCUUCUUCUUAGCUUGUUCCUCUUUGUAUGCUUUGGAUCCAGGAAGGCGCAGUUUCUCCAACGAUGCCAAAAAAUUGUUUCUCAGCACUUGUAAUUUUUCUUUUCUCGCAUUGACUUCUUCCGGGGUAGUACAGCUCCGCUGCCUGUGAUAGCAGUGACGACCCUUAUAAUCGUAUCCCUCCAUCUUUUUGGAAAUCCUUUUGACACCACAGUGAAGCCGGUCGCCAAGGAACCAUCUCAUGGUGGUACCAUCUGCAAGAUCCAAGGAACCAUUCUUGAACUCGUCCAUCAGUGCGUACAUGUACGCCUUUUCCUCCGCCGUCCAAGUACCGACACGCAGAGGUCCAGACUCAAAGCUAUCGUCGUCGUUCAUUGUCAAAAUGGUUGUGGGGCAGAGCUUAUUCCAUGUUCUUCAUCAUUGUGACAGCAUCACGUCAGUGGAGUUGUUUGCCUUGGGUUUUGGGGGAGUUGGGACUUGGGAGUUCCUUGGGAACAAUUAUUUUCGGAAUGCCGGCAGAAUCACGAGUUAGCCUGACGUCAUAAGUGCGUCAUCCUCACUGAACACUUUGCUUCUCACUGAAGUGUGGCUCCAAUGCGGCGAAGCGCAACGCGCUCGACGACGGAUCCUCGUUACAGCGAGCGACAAGACAGUCUCCAUUUUCAACCGACAGUUGCGAUCCACCCUUAUACCGACCCACACCCUUUGCAAACGAAAAAGACAAAGAGGCACCAUGACAGAAGUGAUAGUAGGAUCAGAGGUUUGCCCGUCAUGGGCUCCAGCAUUCGGCUACAUGGGUGCCUCCGCCUGCAUGGUCCUCGCUAGUUGGGGAUCCGCAUGGGGAACCUGGAGAGCUGGUCUUGGUAUCUGCCAAAUGGGUGUAGAUCAUCCCAAAGGUAUCAUCAAGAAUAUUGUUCCCAUUGUCAUGGCUGGAGUUUUGGGAAUUUACGGACUGAUUGUAGCCGUCAUUAUCACCCAAGCCAUCUCGGCUCCGCUAGAAGGCACUGGGAACACCUACUCGGCAUUCAAUGGAUACACACAUCUAGCAGCAGGUCUUUGCUGUGGAUUGUCAUGCUUGGCGGCAGGAGGUACUAUUGGAGUGUUGGGUGAAGUUGGAGUAAAAGGAUUCGGAAUCAAGGCCGAACGAGGACGCAAGUUUUUCUGGUCGGAAAGCCCCGAUGGAGAUGAUGAUGGUGGAGAUGUGAUGUCUGGAUCCAGUGAUGCAGAAUCCGCCAAUAAACUCUACGUUGGAAUGCUGAUCAUGCUCAUUUUCAGUGAAGCUCUGGCGCUAUACGGUCUGAUUGUUGCCCUUAUUCUUAGUCAACGCUUGUAUUCUUGCAGCUAAACUCAACGAAUGAGGAUCGAACCCUUUCGAGCAUGCAACAACGAUAUGACGCCCCCAAUCCGCUUCCAUUCUCAAAAGUGUCGCCGCUGAGUGCUCUCUAGCAUGACGCCGCAAGCAUUUGGCAUCACCAUGACCAAUCUGCCCUUAUACUAUUGUGUGCACUUUUAAGUAUAGCUUAGAAAUCUCUUUUUGUCGUCCCCUCGUCAUAUUUAUUUCGUCUUCGUCUAGCUACUGAUCGUACUUACGGGCCAGGAAGCGACUUCACAGAAACUCAGUUAUUUCGCUUGCAACAGAGUGUCUAGCUAGAGCUGUCUACCGGUAUCCAUCGGCAGUCCCUGGAGGUCAUCUUAUCGGUACAACGCAGAACAUAAGCAUCCGACGAAUCAAAGAACUGGUACAACCCAGGUCGCCUUUUCCUUGUCAAUUUGACAGUACCAUUGCGUUAGCUGCCGAUCCGGUACCAGCAGUGACAUAGACAGACGGGGCACACAAACUGGCUUGCAACAGCUCUUGCAACAUGGGCUGGACCGAGCAUCCAGUAAAGUCCUGCAGGAUUCAGCAUUCCGGAACGCAGUUGAUGUCCUGGGAGAUGUAGAGAUGUACUUGAGUUGUAGGUGAGGAGCAUGGGAAUUAAUUUUGCAAAUAGUGAGAUGGUGAUCUGGGCAACCAUGAUUAGGGUCAUAGUUGCGAGAACCCAUGAGGGUUAGAGUUUCCACGCCGCGGAGCGCGAAAACUCGGACAGGCGGUUCCCCUGGCGUGCUGCUGCUCGACACGAAAUAAGGGAGAAGAAACUGCACAACCAGUGUCACUGGGUAUUUUGGGACUUGGUAGACACCAACGGUCCAUGAUCCACAUAAAAAGACUUAACGACU